AUGUCCGAAAAUGUCAAGUGUGCGGAAAAGAAAGAAAUCAGCAAAAAGAAAGGCUUUAUGUGCAUGAAAAAUGAGGAUGGAGCCGGCAGAUCGCCUAAUCAGCUCGAAUCGCUGCAUGACAUCAGCUCCCUUUCGAGCGAAACUGAGCUCGAGGACCCGAAAUUGAAACAAGUAGAUACCCAUGGCUUAGAACGUGUGGUGCGGAAGGCUCUGGAGCAGUUUAAGGCGGCAGCCACAUUCGAUGACAUCGAUGCCCUCAUGUCGGUGCUCAUGCCGAAGAUAAUCCUCGACUUGCACCCCAUCGAGCAACUGGAGCAGCAAGUGCUGGAUACAAAACAGACACUAAAGUCCUACAUGCAGAAUGCCAAUGCUCUGGAUCAGGAUAUAGCGGACAUAUUUCUAGACUUGCACAACAUCUACAUAAAGCUAGAGCGCCUAGAUAGUCGCAAGCGUAGCAAACAGCAAGCCGAGAAGCUACGAAAACGCGUGAAAGAAGCGGAAGAAUUGCAAAAGAAUUUCAAACACUAUAUAACAAAUGAACGUCCACCCCAGAAAUCGGAAGCAAAAGAUGAACCAGAAUCCACCCUGGCACCCACAAAAGAUAAUGAAUUGAUUCGGAGUAGUGGAGGCCCAAUGCUCGCCGAAUUCAUGCGAAGGCUGACGAUGUCGGAGUCGAACCCCAAACCGAAAGAUAUGGCAGCUGUGCAAAUGGAAAAACACGCAUUUUUGACUAACUUGGUAACGCUUAAGAAAUCAGAGUGUACUUUGGAUCUUAAUCGCUUUAAAACAUAUAAUGAUGAUGCCAUGAAUGGUACUGAACAGAGUCCCAAGGAUCCCGACAAUUCCGAAGAGUGAACAACAAAUUCGCGAUUGCGUGUAAUGCACUAAAAUUUAUCGACAAAGCAAACAAAAACAUUUGAUUUAAACACUACUGAAUAAAUUGAAUUUAAGUUUA